AUGUCAACUCGAAACGACUCCGCGGGUUUGCGACCGCCGCGAUCUCGUCGGUCUAUCGCUCAUGUGCCGCGGUCGAAGAUGACGUCUGGCUUGGACAAGGAGAAUGCAACCGCAGAUGUUGAUGCAGCCCAUUCAUUCAUGAACAACACCAAGUCAUCUUCAAUGAGAGAUAAGAAGUCUCGGAGCAAGAGUCUGGGGCCCGGCGGCCUUGAUGUCCUCCAGAAGUCUAAUGGCAAUCGCCGCCAGUCUACGGCUUCUUUCCCACUCAAGUCCAUCCUCAAACCUACGAUACCAGUGUCUCCAGUGCGAAACAUCCCAUCGUUCGAGGAAACGCGCCGACGUACACCCGGUCGUACCCAACAAACCCAGGACGGUACAAUGGACGAAGAUGGUCAACAAGCCCAAGGAAAGGAGGGGCUCUUAAUCGACUUUGAAUCAACUCCAGGACAUCCUGGCACAGCCAAUGACAAUGACGACACCACGAACCCAUUUGAUACAUUCAAUGCAACUUCUGCUAUUCGCGAGGAGAUGGCUGCGACCAAGGAGCGUGAUGAGCAGGAGCGCAAAGAACGAGAACGACAGAACAUUUUAGAUAAAAGAGCGGCGCGAAGGAAAUCAAUGGCAAACCGCCGAGUAUCAUUUGCCCCUGAGGCAACCCUGCACACCUGGAACGUGGUGGAAAUCCCGGACGACUCAACUUCUUCCUCUGCCGCAAACUCUACAAGACGUGCAUCUGCCGCCACAAACUUCCAGAAUCAGCCUGCCCCUACUUCGCCUGCAACCGAUGCUCCAUCUUCACCGCCAGAGUCCGAGUUCGGAUUCUCCCCCGUCCGCACGCAAGACCUGGAACAGAUAAGAGGUCGCCAUUCAGCUACAGGAGGCGACGAGAGCCCCCGUGAUUUAUCAUCCAGCCCGUUCAGCGGAAGUUCAGUCAACAGUGAAGAUACCGGUGCACAAAGCAUUGCCGAAGAAGAAGAUGGCGAGUCUUCAGGAUCUGACGACGAAUUUGAUGCCGAGAGCACUGCCAUGAGCAUGGAUGAUAUGACAGCACGCUCAGGCAUCAGUGCUCAAUCAGACGUAACUUCCACUUCAAGCUCCAGCGCACGCCUCAACGAAGCGCUGCGACAGGCCGCAAACGAAGCCGGAACUGAGUUUGGUGAGGAUGAAGAGGUAUCAAUGGAAAUUGCAGACCAAGAGAUCACUGGUGCUUUCCAGCCGUGGAUUAAAAAGGGCCAAAGACAAAGCUUCGACUGGGAAGAUAUCAGCGCACGACAUGAUCAAGAGAACGUUGAUCCAUCCAAGGAAGCCACAUCCCAGGGGUUACCACAGUCCGAUGACUAUGAGGAUGAAGACCUUAGUAUGGAUGUGACAAAUGCAGUAGGGCGUAUCCUUAGCAAAUCCCCUGGCCGUCGCCAGAGCACCGCUCGUCGCCAAUCUCUAGCAGAGGACUCAAGCUACGGGGACCAAACGAUGGAAAUGACUAAUGUCGUUGGUGGCAUCACACAGCAAUAUUCCCCGUCAAAGCAUUCUGACAUGGCCAACGAUGACGAAGAAAUGACAAUGGAGUUCACAUCGGCUGUCGGAAAGAUCUUGGGAAACCGACCUGCUAAUACCUCUAGCGCUGAUCAGAUGAACAAUGAUGAAGACAAUGAAUCGGAGGCCGGCAUGGACAUGGAAAUGACGGGUGCGAUUGGGGGCAUCCUACAGUCGGGGAUCGAUGCAAAUGACAAAGUGCAUGCCAAGUUGAUGAUGGAGCUUGAAACCGACUCUGGCCAACUUGCCAGUUCGCCUUUCCAAGACAAUGUCCGACAGUCUCCUGCCAAGUCCCCUGCUAAAUCGCCAUUGGCUUAUCAAGUCGGCGCCGUCGCAUCUGAAACGGGAAGCCCCAGUCUAGCACCUGUGCGUGCUAGACCUUCUCGUCGUGCCUCCACUACUGGAUCUUCGGGCACACCUGGAUCGGUCAGCCGGCAACAAUCGACAGAUACCAAGACAUUGACUCCCCCUAAACAAUCCACCCCUCAAGUGAAACCCACUACCCCAAGCAAGACUCCUCCAUCCGGCAAUGUCACAUUCAGAAGUGCUUCGCCGAAGAAGCUCUUCCAACCCGAGCUCAAGGCAUCGGCAGAUAAGCGGAAGUCUUUACGCAAAAGCUUGUUCGAACUUAACAAGGCAACUGGAGAGUCCACGCCACUCUUCAAGCUGCAGCCACCCGGGAGCCGCCGUUCUUCUGGCCUUGGAAUUGACAAAGAAGGCCUUGGAUCUCCUCGCGUAGCAGCCAUCCUUGACAGGCGCCAGUCGCUUGGAGACAGCACGCCUCACUUUGUUCCGCAAGAUCAGCCCCCAGCUGGUGUGCGCUUUGAGGAUCCUUUGCAGAUGCAGGCCGAGGAAGAACGUGACCGGGAAGAAGAGGAACUCCGAGAAGAUGGCCAUAUACCGGGGCCGCAGUUAGACCGGGACGUGACUUCGAGCCUGAAGGACAUGAUCUCCAACCUAAGUCCCAAGAAGAAUAAGAUCGGUAGCCGCAAGAGUCUUCAUGUUGGCGCUGCUCGUGGGGUUCUGGGCAAACGCCCCGUGGAGCUGGAUUUGGAUGAAGAAGAAGCUGAGAAUUCGCCCAAGCGAUUGCGUGGCCAUAAUGUCAGUCCUGUCAAAGGAAUCAAGUUGCCCGCGCCGAUGGCCAAACAGGGCAACGUUGGCCGAUCGAUGGCUUCGCCCAUGCGUAGAGCUGUUAGCUCAUCACCUCUGAAGGAGAGUACUACGCCUUCCCAGCAACCGCGGAGUGUUUCUUCUGAAACCUCGACAACUCCCCUCAAAAACGGCAUUGAUGCUCUUCAUAUUGCCUCUGAUCCCCAACAGCCAGCAGAGGAAGAAGACACACCCGUUGAGGAUACCCCCGUGGAACUGGAGCCCAUUCAGUUGCAGGAUUUCUUGAACAUGACCAACAUUCACUUCAUGGAAUUGACUACGACAAAGAGACGACACACGACUGCCCCUGGCAGCGCCACCAAGAAGCUGGUGCGACGAUCGGGGAGCACCACGCCCAAACCUGGUUCGAUAUCGUUCGAUGAUUGCGUGGCAGCGGGCUUUUGUACGGUGCCCAUGCUUGAACUAUACCAGCAUUCUUGCCGAGAGUUGAAAUCCUACAUUUCCGAAGGACGGCAAGUGAUCCGUUCCAUCGAGGCAGAAACCUAUGCCGAGAAUCCACCUCUCUUCCAGGAGUACAUUACGGCUCCGCCUGAUAUCCGAGUGAUCAUGGACAAUCAAUUCCGCAACGUCAAGACACACGCUCGUCUGCUGAGCAAGGCUACAUGGUACGAAUGGCGGAUGAAGUUGCUCGAAGGCCUCAAAGAAGGCCUCCUGCGCCACGUGGAAGAGAUGAAAGCAGAUGACGAAAUGCUCUCUGAACGAGAAGAGUUGCUUAACAGACAUGUACCUCUACUGGUGGAAAAGCACGCCACUCUCGAACAAGAAGCGACUACCCUACAACAGUUGGUUGAUGAGAUGGAGAAUUGUGAUCAAGAUGAACUCCGGAGUACGCGCAGCAAACUCUCCGAGGUAGAUUCUGAGAUUGCAGCGAAGAGACUGGAACUUGAGCAAUUGCAGGCGGAAGUCCGGGAAAAAACGAACUUCAUCGAGGCUGGAGCCGAAAUGCGUGAUGAGUUCCUGGCUCAGAUCAAGGAGGCGGAGCGCGUGAAGGAAGAAUGCCGUGGCUGGAGUGCCCGAGAAAUUAACGAGGUAAAGGCCUCUGUCCAGCGGAUUCAGAGUCAAACCGGCUGGUCGAUAGUCUCAGCCUCGACCCCUUCGGAUGCCCCAGUCGGCCCACUAUUGACGAUGGCCUACCGUGAUCAGCUCCAACUGCAGUUUUAUCCCGGAGCUUUGGCAUGCAAAAACAGUGUCCAGGAUGAGAAGAAGAACCAUCCCAUGGAAUUGACAUCCCAAAAGAACGCCAUCAUCUCUCCAAUUGCAUCGCUGGUUCUCCACUCGCUUCAGCAACACCUGACAACAAUCCAACAAUCCACCGUCGCACCCAAGCAGCUCUUGCGGUUUAUCUCUAGCGCAUGGGACCGCACAGUCGGACUGGAGAACGAAGCGCGCAUGCUGGAGUACUGUGGUGUUACCCGUCUCACCUUAUCCAAGCCUGAACAGGGCUCUCCUUCUCUACGUGCGCGCUGCACGCUCCUCGAUAACGCCGGCGUCUCCACAGCUGACCGCAAGGGCGCCGCGCCGAAACGCGACGGCGCCAGGAGGAUCGAUGUUGAUUUCACCGUCCGUACCCGCAUUGAUGGAGCCGAUGCGGAUAACACGGUUGGUUCCUUGGAAUUUGACGUUGACGUGCUCGCGACCAAGAUAUAUGGGUUUGGAACAGGCAACAAAUCCGGUCUCUCUAACAAGGAAGUGCGUAACAUACUCAGCAAGGGCCUUGACCGGGCGAAGAGCGAUGUUCAGUUAGGAAGUGGCGUGUGGUGCAAGGCAGUCCGCUCACUCACAGCAUCUGUGUUUUGA